AGUGAAAAGAAGUGAUCGGGUCACUUCUGUGGCUGGGGUGGAGAGCCCAAAAUAGGGUGCAUUUUCCUUGCAGACAUGGUUACUUCGGCAUACCCUGUUCCUGAAGGCUUCACUGAAUUAGAGGUGUUUAGUAUUGGCACCGCCCUGCUGGUAGAAGCGCUGCUUGGAUUCUCUCUGAAUUUGCUGACCAUCAUCUCUUUCUGGAAAAUCAAAGCACUUCGAACGCCUGGCAACUUUCUGGUUUUCAACCUUGCACUGUCCGACUGUGGAAUCUGCACCAAUGCAUUCAUUGCAGCUUUCUCUAGUUUCUUAAGAUACUGGCCCUAUGGCUCUGAUGGUUGCCAGAUUCAUGGGUUUCAAGGAUUUUUGACAGCACUGACUAGCAUUAGCUCUGCAGCUUCCAUUGCCUGGGACCGAUAUCAUCAAUACUGCACUAGAAGUAAGCUACAGUGGGGCUCAGUGAUUUCCAUGGUGAUAUUUCUAUGGCUUUUUGCUGGCUUUUGGGCUGUGAUGCCUCUUCUAGGAUGGGGUGAAUAUGACUACGAGCCUCUAAGAACAUGUUGCACAUUGGACUACAGCAAAGGAGACAGGAAUUAUAUUUCCUAUCUUAUUCCUCUGGCCCUUUUCAAUUUCUUGAUUCCGGUGUUCAUCAUGCUAACAGCCUAUCAAUCGGUAGAUCACAAAUUCAAGAAAACAGGACAGUUCAAGUUUAAUACUGGUUUGCCGGUGAAAUCUUUGGUCAUCUGCUGGGGUCCCUACUCGCUUUUAUGUUUCUAUGCCGCAGUUGAAAAUGUGACUUUCCUCUCCCCCAAAAUUCGAAUGAUCCCUGCUGUUAUUGCCAAAACCUCGCCAGCCGUGAAUGCUUUGGUCUAUGCUCUGGGGAACGAGAACUACAGAGGGGGGAUAUGGCAGUUCCUCACAGGACAGAAGAUUGAGAAAGCUGAAGUUGAUAACAAAACUAAGUAACGCACUGUGGCAUUAAGCAAGGGCCUCUUCACACACACACUCUACAUCCCUUAAAUGUACACCUAGGUUGGGUUUUGAAGUGCACACUCAAAAAUAUCGUGACAAAUUGGUGUUUGAAACCUCGUACGUCAUACAGGCAUGCUCGUCAGGGAUCCAGGUUUAGCUGCGUACUCUCGUUGAGUCUCCCACUCUGUGUCAGGCUUGUUGCUGUGUAAUGUGUGAAACAGUCCCAAAUUGAGGCAGGCCCAACUGGACACAUCCAGUAGCAGAAACCACUUACUAUGACUCCAAUCGACUGCGGUCUCACACUAGAAAGGCUUUGCAUUGUCUACCAGCAAUUGUCGCAUUACUGAAAGGACGCCGUGCAGAUGUCGUUGCCGAACUUGCCUCUCCAUCUGCCCCGUGCCAUUUGCCAAAUAAGAUGCCUCUAACCUCUGCGGGUCACUCUCAUUUUACAUGUCACUCAAACGAACUGCAAGCUGUGAAGCACAUUGUUUUGUUGUUGUUGUUGUUGCAAGAUGGAACUGCAGGAAACCAAGCAGGGGGGGAAAUAGUGGGGAUCUGUUAAGGCUUUCUGCUUGUUUGUACAUAGGGUAUUUCUGGGUUGUUGAGAGAUUAAGGCAGUAUCCAGUAUUUAGGCCGUAUGUUUGUGCCUCUGUUUUCCUAUUUGCAUAAAAUGGGUGUUUGCAAAAGGAGGGAUUUGUUUCUAAAAUUCUUACUGUUUCAUGAAUACCAUUUAUUUAAAUCUGGCAACUGAUGGAGGGAUGCGUGACUGGAUCUCUCAUCAGUCAAGCCUGCCAAAUCAGUCUUCAUUAUGUAAUGUGUUGUGCAGGUUUAAUGCCUCUCAUCUUAGCAAUCUGCCUGUCGAGUUCUGUAUUGCUAUAUUAAUGUUGUGAGAUGUAUUGUGAUUUCAGUCAAAAGGCUGAAUGCUUAUGCUGAUGCUGUUCCCACCCGCAACCCCGGAAUGUUUAAUAACACAAAAUGGCUCUGUGCAGGUGUUAUGCCAAACGAUGGUUUGGUGUUAUGUCUGAAACUGCAACAGCUUACAAGCCAUAUUUUGUGAGGUGCUGCCAAAGUAGAUUCCAAACUAAUUGUAGUAAUUGUAGCUUUCUGCUAUGUCUGAGGUCCUAGGCCACAGAUUCUGGCAUUGCUAGAGUUGAACAUUCUUUAACCCCAGUUAGUGGAAAUAUAAUCAUCUGAUGAUGAUGAUGAGAUAGAAGCAAGGAAGGGGGGGUUCCCUCUUGGGGCUGCAAUAUACAACAAAAAUUGUCUUUCACAUGUACAGAAUCUCCCAUGCUCAGCAGAGUUCCUAAGCAACUUUGGAUUGAAACUUUGGUUGUACCACUGCAGACUUCAGGCAGGGCCUAAUGUGACUGAAUACAAUUCCAUUCAAAAAUUAAUGCUCUCCAGAUGGAAAGCUAGGUCUAAGCAGGUCCAACUAGUGUUGGGAUAGCUCAGUCGGUAGAGCUUGAGACUCUUAAUCUCAGGGUCAUGGGUUCAAGCCCACGUUGGGCGCAAAGAUUCCUGCAUUGCAAUGGGUUGGACUGGCUCAUCCUUGUUGUCCCUUCCAACUCUACAAUUCCAUGAUGCUGUGAGUCUAUGAUAGACAGCAAACCAGCUGCCUCCUCCCUGUGCCCUGGAUCCCAUGCCUGGCACCACACCACCAUCACCUCUUCAUUCUUCCCCUGCUCCCAAUGAUACCCCUCAUCCACUGCUGCCACCAGCUACCUUGGGGCCUCUUUCCUCUGCAGAGCAUAGUAUCCUUCCUCAGAGUGAGGCAUUGUGGGUAAAGUGGCCUGCUCCGCCACCACAAAGUAUCAUUUAACGUGUUGCGGUAAUAAGCAGCAUCACUUGAAACAAGCCUUCUCUGCAGGCUCACCUUGCUUUUGAUGCCUUGUUCUGAGGAAGGGACCUCAAAGGCAGAUGCAAUAGCCAAGGGCAGCACUUUGGGACCCCUUCUACCACUUUCCUGCAGCAGUAAAGUGGUGGCAGAACUCCUGGCUAGCUGUCACUGGGCUGGAGGUGGUGGCCAGCUGGCCGUAGCACUAGCCGCAGUCUGCUAGCCAGUCAACAAAACAGGAACAGGCAGUGCGGGGCUCUGCAAAUGGUCAGAACUGGCAAACAGGCCAAGAGGACAACAGUUUGCUGCACCUUUCCGUCUGAGACAAGCAGUUGCCUUCCCUUAUGGUGGGGCACCAUCCCUGGUUCUAGCCUAGCCUCCCUGACAUGCUAGUUAUCGAUGUGAAGCAAUGUUUUUCAUAUGAUACACACAGAGACUUACUACCUCACUAAGAAGUAAGGUGAAGGAAACAUGGAUCGAGGUUGUGGGAAGCCUGAUAUAUGUGGCUUUGGCUUUGGGUUGAACAGUAGAAAAUGGAGGGGGAAUAAUCUGUUAUUGGAAGGAAGGGGAAAAUAACAGCCCUGAUUGCUAUAUCCCAAUGUGUGAACAAUUUCCAUGGCAAAUGAGGAAUUUGUGUAAGUGCAAAUACGAUUAAAGCAGCAUAGCCAGAGCUUAGUAUAAAACAAGUGCUUGCUUUAUAUUUCUCCAUACUUUAAGCCUCUUAUAUAUUCAAAAAAAGGAUUAAGAAGACUGUACUCUUGUGAGGACAAUGCACAGUGUCAAUGUGCUGCAGCCAAUUCAACGGCAGAAUAAAACAUGAGAUUAUAAACUGGGA